GCUCGUCGCCGGAGUUCGCAAAUCGCGACGAUCCACAUGGCGGGAGGCCGUAAGGCAACUAAAUAAUCGUCGGCGCGCGAACCGCCUGUCGGCUAGGUUAGGAGUGUUUGGCAGGGAAAACUAACGAGCCUCUAAUCAGGUCGAGUUGGACUGAUAGAUCUGCGAUCCAGCUGAUCUCACAGUAAAAAUUCUCUUUUGAACUCAUCUGUGUGAACCGAAUUCAUCCUUGCCUUGGCUCGACCAGAUUCGUCGAAUCGCUGAUUUCUAAUCAGAUCGGUUCUCGUUCGCUGACUUUUGAGCUCCUAGCCUUGCGCGGUGUCUUAUCCGUAACGGUAUCACGUGAUCUACUGUACUCCAUUUCACAUUCGCCCCUGCGCUCCCACUCCACCCUCUUCCCUCCCCCCCCCCCUCCCCCGGCUACUUCCGCCGCCAUUUCCCGCCAUCCCGCCCGCCGCCCUUCCUGCUGCACCUCAAACGCGCGCUGUCUCUCCCUCUCUCUCCGCCAACCGAUCUCCAUUGCGAUCUUUCGCACCUCGUCGGUCCGCCAUGCUUCGGACGAUCGGCGGCUCGUCCGCCGUGCUUCGGCGCGGCGUGUCGUCAACCGCCGCUCAAUGCGGCGGCUCUAGCGCCGCCUCGCCCAUCUCCCCGCUCCUCAUUCCCCACUCCUCGUCGCCCGCCCAUUCUCCCGUCGCCCUCGCCCUCGCCGCCCUCUCGCGAACACUAGUGUCGCUCCACCCGCCGCCGCCCGCCCCGCAAACCCCGCUUUCACAAUCACCGCAAAACCCCUGUCCCGCCCUCAUCCCGCCUUCCCAACAGCAGCAGCCGCAGCAGUGCCCGCGUCAACAGCACCACCGGUCACUCCAUUCUCCCGCCUCUCCUCCCUCCGCCUUCCGCCUCCCCCUUGCCCCCCUCCUUUCCGCCUCCCGCGCGCCCUUCUCCUCCGCCGCCGAUUCCGCCCCCACGGACUCAUCUUCCCCCGAUCCGCCGCCGCCCGCGUCCGACUCCCCCUCCGCCCCCAACCCGGCGGAAAUCCAACCCGCGCCGUCGGAGCGCGUGGGGCGGCUGGUGGACGAGAUCCUAGGGCUGUCGUUGCUCGAGAUGUCGGAAAUGACGGCUGCGAUCCGCAAGAGGCUCGGCAUGCCCGCGAACGCAGGCAUGGGCGGCAUGCCCAUGGGCAUGAUGAUGAUGCCAGGCGGAAGCGGCGGCGGCGGCGGGGAAGCAGCAGCAGCAGCUGCGGAGGAGAAGACGGCGUUCGACGUGAAGCUGGAGGGGUUCGAGGCGGCGGCGAAGCUGAAGGUGAUCAAGGAGGUGCGCGGCAUCGCGGGGCUGGGGCUGAAGGAGGCCAAGGAGUUCGUCGAGAAGGCGCCCGUCGUCGUCAAGGCCGGCGUCUCCAAGGAGGAGGCCGCCGCCAUCGUCGAAAAACUCAAAGCCGUCGGCGCCACCGUGGUCGUUGAGUGAGAGGAGCGUGGCAGAGGGUGGAUGGGGGUGUGGAGAGAGGUAUGGCUGGUUUGGGAACGGGGGAGAGGCACACUAAAGGGUUGGAGGCAAGGAGGAACGGCGGAGAGGUGCAUUGGAAGGCAGGGCGCAGAGGGAGGGGUGAGGGGGAGGAAGGAACACAGUGGAGUGUGUGUGUGUGUGGUUGCCCGCCAGCACAAGGUGCUGAAAAUAAGCAUUUGUGGAACAAGGGACGCCAAUGCGCAUGCCUGAUGCUGGCUCUGCCUAGGAGCAUGUGGCUUCUGUUCUGAUACCCAAGCUCCUUCCUCCCAUCUUAUUCCCCACCUCUCCAUUCUCUGACUUCCUUCCUCCAUCUUCGCUAUGCAACUGCCAGUCGUGCUUGUCUCACUAAUCCCCCUCGUGCUCUUGUCAGUAUGCUACUAAAGAUUCUGGAUUUUUCUAUGUUUUGAUUUUUUCAGCCUCUAAUUGUUGGAAAUGAUAAAAAGACUUGGAGUAC